AAGUUUCACCUUCACGACCAUUCCGCGAACCUUCUCACCAUAGACAAUCAUUCAACCAUCAGCUGAAUUCACGGAUGAACAAAAUGCUUAAAGAAAUCAAUGAAGCUGAUCAACCGCAGUUUGUGAAACUAGGUGACGCAAGUAUUGCGGCUCCAUUCACUAGCAAACUCUCAUCAAUAAUGUGUAUAUGUCAUGUAAUCAAACAGGGGCGCUGUACAUUAGUAACAACUCUUCAAAUGUUCAAAAUUCUUGCUUUGAAUGCACUGAUUUUAGCGUAUAGUCAGUCAGUUUUGUAUAUUGAGGGUAUUAAGUUUAGUGAUGUACAAGCAACCAUCCAGGGUCUACUCCUGGCUGCGUGUUUCCUGUUCAUAUCUCGGUCAAAACCUCUGAAGGUGCUGUCGAAAGAGAGGCCGCUGCCAAAUAUCUUCAACCUUUAUACAAUUUCUACAGUCAUGCUGCAGUUUUUUGUUCACUUUGCUUGCUUGAUAUUCCUCGUCCAACAAGCAAGCCUCAUAUCGCCUCCGAAGAAAAGUGAUGCGCCUAAAGUGGAAUCACCAGAUGCUGAGGAGGAAGUACCUUUUGAAGCUAGUCUUCUUAAUAGUGCUGUAUAUAUUAUUGCAAUGACUCUGCAAAUAGCAACUUUUGCCAUCAACUAUCGGGGGCACCCAUACAUGGAAAGUUUAGUUGAAAACAGGCCACUAUUAUGGAGUAUAGUUGGCUCAGCUGGUGUUGUUCUAGCUUUGGCAAUGGGGCUUUUCCCAGAUAUAGCAGCUAAAUUAGAAAUUGUUGAUUUUCCCUCGGAUUUCCGAGUGAUUCUUGUAGCUGUUCUUUUCGCUGAUUUCAUUUUCUCAUUCCUUGUGGACAGAAUUUGCCUCUGGCUCUUUGGCGAAGGCAGGAUGAAGAUUUCUCGUUGAUACAAGUUGCCGACUCUUGAUGCAGUGUUCUGAAUAGUCCUCCAUUAACGUUCCCUUUUAUCUAUUUUCAUCCAGGAAUCGUUGUGAUAUAUUUUUCUCUUUUGUUUGUGUCUGAAAAUACUUAUUUGUUUAUUUUGUAAGGAAGUACAUGUUUGUGAGACUGCAUCUUACAUUUCCUGCAUUAAUUCUGCAAAAAUAGUCUUGCAAAUUUUUUACUUUAAGUAUUAUUAGAGGCAUUUCAAGUAAAGUGAAUUUCUACAUUAUUCCCUCAAAACUCUGCAUUUCAAUGGACUUGAUGUCUUGAGAAUGAACUUCUCAGAUUCUCAAUAUGUUUUAUUCAAGUGCUUUAAGUACAGAGACUCCCCCCCCCCCC